AUGCUGCGGCUGAUAGCAUCGUCCCUGUGCCUCAGGUGCCAUCGUAGUGCAGCUCUGCCUCUGAACUUCCGACCAUGUACAACAACAGUAAGUUCUGCAGAGAACCGGCACACUGUGGAGGCUCUGUAUUAUCUCUCUGUGGAUAUACAGAGGAUCCGCAAACUCAAAGGCUGGGUGCUCUGCCACCAUCCCGCCUAUGUCUUGGAGGCAGCCAGCCUGCUGAGGGACAUGGGGGCUUCACCCCCUGUGAUCGCCCAGGUCCUUGCAUUGCACCCUGAGGCAGUCCUCUGUAGCCCUGAACAAAUGCAGGCGCAGAGGGAGCUGUGGUUGUCAGUAUGUCCAAACCAGAAGGUGUUGGUGGGUAUCAUUGAGAAAUUCCCAGCGUCCUUCUUUACCGCUUCUGCCCACCAUGCCAACCAACGGAGCAACAUUGCUUAUUUCCAAAACUUAAAUCUAAACAAACGAAUCAUCGUAAAACUUAUGGCUGCUGCUCCCCAGAGUUUCAGCCGACCGAUAGGAGAGAAUGAGGAGAUGGUUCGUACCCUUCAGCAGGCCUACCUGGAGCUUGGGGGUGAGGAGGCCAACAUGAAGAUCUGGCUUCAGAAGCUGUUGAGCCAGAACCCAUUUGUUCUCCUCAAGGCGCCCGAUGUGCUGAGACAGAAUUUGCUAUUCCUUAGAGACAAAGGCUUCACCACCGCAGAGCUCCUCCACCUCCUCUCCAAGCUCAAGGGCUUUGUCACUGAGCUGAAUCCUGACAGCAUGCUUCACACAUUGGUUUAUGCUCAAGACACCAUGGGUUGUUCUGAGGCUGAGCUCCGAAACAUAGUCCUGGACUGCCCAGCUCUCCUUUACUACUCUGAAGCCAUUCUUGCCGAGCGCUUUAAGGGCCUCCUCAGUGCUGGGAUCAGCAUGCAUCAGAUUAUAGAGACCCCAACAGUUCUAGAGUUAACUUCACAAAUAGUGAACUACCGUAUCCAGAGGCUAAAGGCAUAUGGGUAUGAUGUAAGGACAGGUAGUCUGGAGGCUUUAAAUGGUACUAAAAAGGACUUUGAGUUGAGCCAGGGUAAACUGCAGCUACGGCGAGAGAGACCAAUGUUUAACCCUGUUGCCCCUUUAAACGUGAAUGGCUGA